AUGGUUCGAAGCAUUCCGAAGUUGAGAUGUGCAAAUCUGCUCCUGUGUCUGGUGGUGACGUUUGGUGCGACUGCCAAAAUAAAUCGCGAGCGAGGAUCACUCUGCCGAUCGUCGAGUGGACUGCAAGGGAUGUGUGUUGCGUUGAAGUAUUGCCCUAAAUUGAGAGCAAUCGACGAGAAACCGUACCUAUCCCGGCAGGAGAUGAAUCUACUAAUAGGAGCUGCCGGUGCCUGUCCACCGGACUUGGAGCUUUAUUGUUGUGCCGAUGGAGAUAUUCGUUGGUUCGCCAAGACUACGUCCAAACCUUCGAAAAAGGCAACGCCACCGCCGUUGGACGAGUACAACGCCAUUCUAGAUACCGAUUGCCUUCAAACUCGGCUUGGAAUGGAUGAACGUUUCAUAGGGCGCGCAUCGCUAGAUUCCUCGUUCGGCGUGUUUAUAGCCUACACGGGAAGGAAAAAGUACAGCAGAUGUGUUGGAAGCUUGAUCACACCCGAGUACGUCCUAACAGCGGCUCAUUGCGUGCAAAACUGGAACGGGAUGGUUUUGUACGUCAAUGCACACCACGUCACGCGUGACACAGUGCACGGUGGUCUGAAGGCAGACGUGAAACCACGGUUCGUCCGAGAAGCAGUCAUUCACGGAGAGUACAACACUACGACGCGCGAUCAUGAUAUUGCUUUGCUGCGAUUGAACGAGAGUGUAGCUAUAGGAGAGGCAGGAUCACCCAGGCCGAUCUGCAUCCCGAUCGGUACGGUACACGAUGAGAUUGCUUCCGUUGGACACACGCUGAGCUGUUUCGGUUGGGGUGUUAAUGCUGAUGGUAAACCUAGUAACAGCAAGCAGUGGAUAACGCUGGAACGUAUCUCUCUGGAGCUGUGCCAAGCACGGAUGGAUUCGCUACGGGUGGCACUGCUUCAAAGGGUACUAGUGACGGAACGUAACAUCUGCACGAUUACCAUUACCGGGCAUGACGCGUUUGCGGGCUAUUCCGGUGGUCCACUGAUGUAUCGAAAAGAUGGCACCUGGUUCUUGAUAGGGUUGAUUAAUUUUGGGGUUGGCAGCACGAGCAACGAGUUCCCGGUGGUGUCGUUGAAUGUGCAACAGUAUACGGAUUGGAUUUUGGAAAACAUUCACUUCAAAACAGACGACAGUAGGGUGUGA